UCUUUUUUGGACACCUUGUGCAGCACAUGUCCUUGACCUUCUUUUGGAGGACAUAGGAAAACUUGAGUGGGUGACUCCAGUUGUGGAAGAUGCAAGGAGGAUCACUAAAUAUAUCUACAAUCACCCUUGGGUCCUAAAUUUGAUGAGACAACACACGCAAGAGAAAGAUUUGGUGAGAGCUGGUGUCACAAGGUUUGCAACGAUUUUCUUGACGUUGCAAAGCAUUCUUGCUGCAUUGACUUCUUUGAAACAAAUGUUUGUGAGUGGAGAAUGGCUUAACUCACCUUAUUCAAAGAAGCCUGAAGGAGAGGCUGUCGCAUGCAUAGUCUUCGACAACCAAUUUGCACAAAGGGCUGCAGAGAUUGUGAAGGUGUCAGAGCCCUUGGUUCGAGUUCUUCGCUUGGUGGAUGGGGAUAAAACCCCAAUGGGAUAUCUUUAUGAGGCCAUGGAUAGGGCCAAAGAGUCUAUCAAAAAUUACUACAAGGGGGAUAGGCUCAAAUUUGAUCCCAUUUGGGAAAUUGUUGAUAGGAGGUGGAACAAUCAGCUCCACCAACCCAUUCAUGCAGCAGGGUACUUCCUCAACCCUCGUUUUAGGUUCGGGGGUUCUUACUCAGAUUCGAAUGGAGAAGUCAUGGAGGGCCUCAGUACAUGCAUUGAGAGGAUGGUACCUGAUGUUGAGGAGAGAGACCUCAUUGUGAGUGAGCUCCAAAAUUAUGAGGGAGGAAGGGGUAAGCUAUUCUCUUCAGAGCUGGCUAGGAGAGGAAGAACCACUCAAACCCCAGAUGCUUGGUGGCAAAAUUGGGGUGGAAACACCCCACAUCUCAAAAAAUUUGCCCUCAGAGUCUUAUGUCAGCCUUGCAGUUCAUCCAAUUGUGAGCGCAAUUGGAGCUUGUUUGAAGCAAUCCACACGAAGAAGAGGAGCAAGUUAGCGCAGAAACGGCUCAAUGACCUUGUCUACGUGCAAUAUAAUCUUCGAUUGCGCGUAAAGAAGGUAGAGGAACUAGAAGGUGGUCCAAUUGACUUGGAUGAUAUAGAUCCUUACAGUGAUUGGACAUCACAGGAGCAGCCUCCAUUGUUUUCCGACACUGACAUCACUGAUUUGGAGAGGCAGGCUAUGGAGGAGGGGGGUGGAUUUGGUUUCAGGCUGGAUGACAUUGAGGAGGAUGAGGAUGAGGAUGAGGAUGAGGAUUCAUUGCCAGUGCCAGAGGCAGGUGGAGACAUAGCUUCAUCCAGGAUGGAGAAUGAGUCUCAAUCAACCAUACCGAGCGAGGAGGCACAGUCACGCCCAGUCCCACAGCAGACUUAUACGACUAGACAGUCUAGACCCUCUAGUUCUACCUCUCCCCAUGUUUUUUCUAGAGCUGGGAAGAGGAAGUUGUAAUUGUAAUUUGUGAUGAUGUAUUUACUUUUGGUUUUACAAAAACUAUUUAGUAAUUUACUAUUUUGCUUCAGGCUUCCAGCCAUCAGCAUUCCUCAUGAGGAUGCGAUUUUGUAGACACUUUGCAUUUAAAUAUAUCUAGAAUCAGCUUGUUUCUUUUGUGUUAUCAUUUAUUGACUCUUUGGAUGCAUCUUCUCAUUAAAAAUUGCAAAAAAAAUGCAUUUUUUACUAAGUUUAAGCGUGUUUUUAAGUUGCCGAGUUUUUCGCCGAGUUUUUCCGAGUUUUUCCCGAGUUUUCGCCGAGUUUU